UGCUGGUCCUGAAUAUUAGCAGCUACAGUACUGCUGUUUCUCAGCCGGCAUUAACUACCUUCUAUUGCUAGCUUAGCAUGAGAUGCUAAAUGGCCACUGACCCAAUCACACAAUGGAGUCUGACCUCCCAAGGAAAACAACACAACAGCAAAGGUACCUUCAACUAUCUCAUUACACAGUCAGAGGCACCACCUGGUGGUGUAACUAGGUACUGCAGCAAAACUACAGAACAUUUUCUGACAUCUAUUGUCCUUAUAUCUUUUGCUAAAUCAUGUUGCAUUUAUUAGUGGAACACUUUUUUUUUUUUUUGCUUUCAUUUGUUUGUUUUUUUCCAUUUUAUCCAUUUUAUCAGCCUGUUGGUUUUUGACCUCUUCUGUUACAUCUGUUUUAUUGCUUUGAUCUGGAUUAUGUACUGUUAAAAUUAAUCAAUAACCCAUUAAUCAUUGACAUCCCUACUCAGUAUGUUGUUUGUUGUGUCUAUCCAUUUUCAUAUUGUGGCUGUAAUGAACACUGCAGCCAGUGGGGGGCACUGUAUAAUUGGUGUUUUUCUUGUUGAACCUGCAGAUUUGAUGAGGUCUGACAGCGACAGAGCCACACCUCGCCUCUCUGUGAUGACAGGACGACAUCCUACGGCUAUGGGAAUGAGCCUCGGAGGAGGAAUGCGUCCUGCAGGCCGACACACGCCUCCCUGCAGUCCUGACAUCAAAUAACAAACCUGCAACACACUCUCACUGCAGUCUGAUAACAGAGCUCUGCUGAGGGGAGAUGAGAGGAUACCGAGGCAUCAAGUACACUUUGUUCAUCUUUUGCUACAUCUUCUGGGUUGUGAGCGCCGUCCUCACAGCGGUCGGCGUCUACGCCAAGAUCGCCAAGGAGAGAGAUGUGGUCGACACCCUGACAGUAGAUCCGGCUCUGCUGCUGAUCGUUGUCGGCUCUGUGAUGUUUCUGAUCACCUUCCUCGGAUGCUGCGGGGCGUUGCGUAACACCACCUGCCUGCUGAAGACGUUUCUGGGGAUCCUGGCAGCCGUCCUCCUCCUGCAGAUCGCAGCUGGAGUCGUAGGAUAUCUCUUCACUGACAUGGUGAUGGAGAGGACGGAGAGGCUGAUGAUGAAGGCCAUCAUCCGCUACAGGGAGGACCAGGACUUGGAGAACGCUAUUGACUUCAUCCAGAAGAAGUUCCAGUGCUGCGGAGUUGAGAGCUAUAAGGACUGGUCCCAUAACGUCUACUUUGAAUGUUCGGACACCAACCCCAGUUUGGAGGCCUGCGGAGUUCCCUUCUCCUGCUGCGUUCACCUACAGAACCAGACGGUAUUGAACACCAUGUGUGGUUAUGGGAUGCAGCAGCUGAAGGACAGUUCGGCUGGUCAUGACGUCUUCACUGUCGGCUGCCUGGAGAAAAUUGUCUCAUGGGCCAAAAACAACCUGCUGCUGGUGGCCGGUCUGACUGCCGGCCUGCUGCUGCUGGAGAUCUGCAUGAUCUGCCUGGCUGCCGCUCAGAUCUCCUGGAUUAAGAAAGUCCAACAACAAAAGAAAGAAAAUGUGUCUAGAAGCAAGUCGGAGAGGAAAGACAGCUACUGGUAUCCUGCUUUUGCUGACUUCGACGACGAAUAAAAUGAGAAUGCUUCUGAAAGAUCUGAAGCUGAUCAUGGAAAAGUCUCUAAUUAGGGAUAUCCGUUGACUUUGUGCCAGUGAAAAAAAGCUGAAUGUUGAUAAAAUGGAGCAAGCCUCGCUCUGUUUACACUGUGAAUUUAUAGUUUUGAUAUUUAAGUCGUGUAACCGGUUUAAUGUCUUGCUCCAGGAUGCAGUUGAACUACCUCAUGUUAUGCAGCCAAACAUUGUUCAAAAAACAAGAACUUAAUUUUUAAUGAUAGUGGAGAUCCCAAAGUUUAAAAUCAAAUCUGCAUCUUGUAUAAAAUGACACAAAAGACAGUAGCAGCUCAGUAAAGUCCAACUGAAAUUAAAUGUUAUGUUUACUGUCUGCUAAAGCUUUAAUAUCUGAUCUGAAAUUUAUAUUUUAUAUAUUUUGUUUUCAUGACAGUCAAGUCAGAAUGCUUUUAGUUGUUAUAUUUUUAUUGAUGGAGAACGUCUUUUUAUAACCAUAUUGGCAAAAAGCAGUAAUGUCAGCUUUAAUCACUACUGUUGUGUGAAUAUUAGCAGAUAAACAGGUGCCGUUAAACUGUUGCAGAAGAAGAGGACGCAACGAGAUGACGUCA